CUAAAGGAGUAGAUAAAGAAUGUAGUGUUUAAAAAUGAAAUAGGCCUAGUACGGAUAUCUUGUGACAAGUUUAAUUGUAAUUCUUCGCUAGCUUGUAAAAGGCGUACAUGCUAUAGCAACGAGUGAUAUACUGUCUAAGCUAUGUCAUUUGUGCAAAUGCACUUGACUAUUGUUUUGAGUUGUGUGUGUGUGUGUUUAUUUGUGAGAAAUUAAUACUGUAUAUUUGUGAUAUACAACUAAUUAGAAGAAAGGACUAGUGGAUGUUGUAUCAUGUGUGAGUAAUUAGCUGUUUUUAGAAGAAGCGGUAAACGAAGUGAAACGGCAGGCUGUUGUUGAACUCCAGAAGGCUGUUUCUAUGGCAGAAUCUAAAGCCAGUGAGUUAGUUGCUGUAGAAAGAGCGAAAAUGGAGAGGCUUAUCUCAGAAGCAAGGCGUCAAGGAUCAGAAGAUGUCCUGACUUCUAUUAACCAUCAAGAAGAUUCCACAGAAAAUUGCUGGAAUUGUGGAAGAAAGGCACACGAGACUUGUAGUGGGUGUAAUAUCGCAAGGUAUUGUGGUUCUUUUUGUCAACACCGAGACUGGGAGAAUCAUCUCCAUAUUUGUGGCAAGAGCUCUGGUAAACCUGCGUCUACCACAUCCAGAGUUGGCCAAUCCUCGGUAAACUCGACAGUCUCAACAGUAUCGUCCACGAAUCAUGGUAAAAGCCCUAGUUCCAAAACAUCAAACUGGACGAAAGAACCAACGAAUAACUGAUAGUGGAAUGUAUUCUGUAGUAGUGAAAAUCACAUACGGACUUAAAUUGAUGUGAUUACGAUAGCAUUGAAUAUUCGAGAGAAACACUUUUGUUAAUGAGUUAAAACACCAAAGAUAGAUUGCUGUGUAAUGUGAAUUAAAAAUAAUACUUUGAUAUAUGUAAUAUUGUAGGUAUAACUUUAUUUAGUUAUUUUCCGUGAACUGCCACAAUAAACUGAUGUGUCCUUGA